CAGGUAUAUAAGGCGGGACAUGUGAAGGGGCAGCAGCAUUCACGAUCAGGCCGACAUCGGGAGAGCAUCACAGUCCUUCCUCCUGACAAGACACACCCACCACUCGAAGCAGCAGCGCGUGUGAUAACUGACCCUGCGCUCCGCUCACACACACACUCAAUAGUAGCAAGGAGUGCUGGAGCACUCGCGCCAAGCAGGGAGAGUACUAAUAUCCCUCGUGCGGGUGAGGAGGGAGAGGGGGAGAGUAAAGUGUCAUACCAGGGUGUCCCUUGUUGUCCCUCCCGCGUGGCUGUGUCCCCGUCACCGCUUCUACCAGGAACACACCCACGCUUGCUUCCUUCUCGAGGCCCGAGAUGGCAGGCUGGGUUGGCGUAAGAGUGACCACGGCAACUCUCGUGGUGGUGGUGCUGGUGGUAAUGGUGGUGGCUGCCCAGGCUUAUCCUUCUGUACAAGGCGACGAUGUGGAGCGUGGACUUGCCGCCUUCAGGAGAAGUCUCUUUGGCUCAGGUCCAGUGCGAAAGACCCAGAACCAGUGCACCAAUAAUGCCAUGCAGCAACACACGUGCGAGAUGUGUGCCAAGGAGACCAAAUCCCAGAAGGUGUACAGUCUCUGCUGCACGGGCGAGGACAACGCUCUCAAUUGGUGCCAAAGCUUCCUUCACUUCGGGAUUAUCUGAACUAAUUAAGGAAGCAUCAUCGUUCUCUUCCUCCUCUUCCUACACCUCACUUAACGAUUGCAAUUUUUACUUCUCCCGCGUCCUGUCUUCUUCGCCGUACUUCUGGUCCUCCUCGCGCCUUGUGUAGCGUUACAGUACUGCACCUCGUCUCCUCGUAUUGCUGCCGUCCCUCUUCCAGCACCGCCACCACCUGCUCCGUCUCCUCCGCCUCAUUUACCUCCAUGAUGCAGUUCUCUGUUCCUCACUGUCGGUUUGUCUUCUUCACCUCUGUCUCCGUGUCCUCCUACUCUUCUUCCUCCUUCUCCUCCAGUACCUUCUACGUGAUUAAGUUAUCCAUUCUCCUCCUUCUCCAUCUUCGUGUACUCCUCCUCCUCCUCCUACUCCUCCUACUCAUCCUCUUCCACCUCCAGACCGUGUCCAGGUGUGUGGAUGAGUCUGUACAGGUGUGAUGUGUCCACCUGUUCCACUCCACUACCACUCGUGUAUUUUUCUAAAGCACCACCUCAUCCACUACUACCACCGCCAUUACUACCACCAACAUUACUCCUUUCCGAUCCCUGUGACUCUCGUCCCCUCGCGACUACCAGCACCACCACUACCGCGUUCUUCCUCAAGACUUAACCAGCACUGUAUGAUGACUUGUGUUCCGGCCAGUACUUCCUCGUAGGUGUGAUAACUUCUGUAUUAUUAUUAUUAUUAUUAUUAUUAUUAUUAUUAUUAUUAUUAUAGAGAGAUAUCAUAGGUGUAUUAUGAAGUAUGUUGAAAUAUGCAGUGUUAUGCCACACACACACACACACACACACACACACACACACACACACACACACACACACACACACACACACACAGAUAAGGCCAAUCAGCACACCCCCACUGAAUAUCUUCAACAAGUGUAGUUGGUCGGUCGUUCUUUGGUCUUAAGGAGAAAUGUAAACCACACGAAGCCUCUUGAUAAGAUAGCAUAUCGUUCCCAUGACUCACUCCUCGUCCUUCCUUACGUAUUUUAUUAAUCUUUUUUUUAUCUUCUCUCUCUCCCCCUCUCCCUCUCUCCCUCUCUCUCUCUCUUCACUCGGUCUCUGGCAACUGUAUCCUUAAAUAUUCAGGCUUAUUAUCUCUACUACUUUAAACAGGUUCUAGUGGAAGCUAUGUUUGGUUUCAAGUGUGUUUUCAUGAUUCCAGUGAUAAUAUUACAAGGAUUUCUUAUCUCGGCUGCUUUAAAGAGGCUGUGGUGCAAGCUGCUGGGGUUUUCAAGGGUGUUUUCAAGAUUCUAGUGAUACUUCUUACAAUUUUAACCCGUUCACUGCGAUAGCUAACAAUUCACACCAUAAAAAGCAAUGCAUGAGAUCUUUAUAAGCAUUACAAGAAAGAAAUGGAUGAAAAGGAAUAUUUUGCAAUUUCUAGCCAGUAUAAUGUUUAGCUGUGGUCGUAGAAGGAGAAAUGUCUCAGAGAUUACUGGUUAUCAGACGAUGUACCAUUUGGCAGUGAAAGGGUUAAAGAGGCCCUAGUGGAAAUCAAUGUGGAUUCCAUGAUUGCAGUGAUAAUUUAACAUGAAUUUUGCAUCAUCACUUAAAAGGACACCCAUGAAAAUCGGGCCACGCUUUGUAGUCUUUGAAAGCAACCCUUAAGUGAACCCAAAGUGUUUAGAAAAUUAAGUAUUGUUGCAUUUUUAUUUGCUUGUCCAUAUAUAUAUUUUUUCUCUCAUUAAUUGCAUCAUUCUAUUUCUUCAGCACUUAUUCUGUUUCCCACUUUCUCACUCUCUUUUUGCUGUUUUUUUUUUUUUUUCAUAUAUAUAAUAUAUAUAAUCCUUUCUGACUGAUUUCCAUGUGUUGUUAUUCGGUCAGUCAGUCCUCCUGUCUCUAUAGUUUACGUAUUUAUUUGUAGGAUUUAUACUUUUCCAUCCAGUCUAUCGGGUAUUCAUGCGGGAUAUUCCUAAGUCUAUCAGUCAGCCAGCCAGUCAGUCCGAGACCACCCAUUCAGUCAGCCAGUCUGCCUGUCAGCCAGCUACACGGUCAGCCAGCCAGCCAGUCGAUUAGUCAGUUGGCCAAAUAGCUAAUCUCUCAGUCAGUCAGUCAUUCAGUCAUGCAGAAAGCCAUCCAGCCUGCUUGAUAUUCAUUCAUACUUAACCAUCCAGUCAGUCAGUCAGUCAGUCAGUAUUAUAUCACACUGUCAGACGGUCAACUAGUUAGCCAAUUAGUCAUGUACUCAGACACUCAGCCAGCCAAUCAGUCAAUCAGUCACUCCAUUAGCUAGUCAAUCACACCAUCCCUUUCAGUCUCAAACACAUUGGCAUAUCACCAACCAGUAAGGAAUGCACAAGUCUGGCAAGCGCUGGACCGCCCACAGGAGCAGCCAAUCACCAUCGAUCAUUGGGAAGACAAGAAGGAAAAGUGAUGGUGAUUGGUGCGCUGGCCGUCAUGUUAACCUAUGAUAAGCGAGAACAGGAAGGAAAGGGUACAGAGAGAGAGAGAGAGAGAGAGAGAGAGAGAGAGAGACUCGUACAUACAACAGGUUAGGCUGUAAAUGGUGUAGGAUGGUAAAGGCGAAGACUCCUACCAACACACCAUUCAGUGUUACUCCACAGUGGAAGUGCUCCUCCGCCUCUGUCCACUCCACACCCUAUCGUCAAGCAAUCCAUUCUGGCUCCAAUUCAUCCACAUUUACUUCACAUCCACUUGGGGAAGAAAGUCUUAAUUACGGACCUGAGGGUGUGGCUGGCUGGUUCUAGUGUAUUAUUAUUAUUAUUAUUAUUAUUAUUAUUAUUAUUAUUAUUAUUACGUCAUUAAUAUCUUGCGGCAAGGUUCUUUGUUAUAUGUCAGCUUGGUACAUUGGUGAAGCCCUCGGAUCACAAGUACAUUAGAAUAUAAUAAAAGAAAUGACCACUAAAGGGCAGUUGAUCUACAAAAGGGAACUUCUCUCUGACCUCUUGUUAACGAAAAGGAACCUACAAGAAGCCAGUAGGCCUAUACGUGGUAAUCCUAUAUUAGCACACGUUCCUAUAUCCACCUGUCCACUAUCCACUAACUUUCUUAUUGUUUCUAAAGCCCCCUGUUAACUUGUCACUAGUACCUUAAUUACUGAGUCUUUUCCCAGUCAUCUACUACUCUGUAUAAUGGCUGCACUUAACACUUAACACCUUCUUGCCAAGUUUGUCCCUUUCAUCUACUGUCUUACUUGUGAAUCGAUUUCUGUCUCUCCAUUUCAUAGGCGAUUUUUUUUUUUUUUUUUUUUUUGUUCGGCUUGUAACCAUUCGCAUUGCCUCGUGUUCAAAUUCCUGGGAUUUGUAACAUUGAUUUAAAUUGUUGCUGUUUUUUGUUUUGUUCUUUUUAUUAUUAUUAUGUUUAUUGUUAUUGUUAUUUUGGUCUGCCUUUGUUUUCGGCUAUUAGGUGUGUCAGUCUCACCCUUUCAGUGGCAGUCUGUAUGUCGUAGCUUACCGUUAUUAUAUUAUUAUUAUUAUCAUUAUUAUUAUUAUUAUUAUUAUUAUUAUUGCAUUAUUAACUUACUGUGUAUUUAUUCUUAUUUUUCCAUCGCCUCGUCUUCUCCUCCUCCUCCUCUUCUUGUUUCUCCUACUCCGCAACAACCACGUCCCUCGUUCCCUUGCAUAAAUGUACAAAUUAGAUCCUUAUGAAUCAGUUAAGUCCCAUAGGAUAACAUAAUAAUAUAUAUAUUGAUGAUGUGCGCGUCAAAAGUAUUUAUUGUGUCGCCUAUUUAUUCAGAGAAGGUGGCUGCUCCUGGCGUCACCCUAACGAUGUGGGGAAAAGAGUGUAUAUAUAUUAUCAUUUAUUAAUAAAAUAUGGAGUUUA